CGUACUAUCCCGAUCAUGCCUGAAACCACCGUGAAAGCGCCCAAGAAGGGCUCAAAGAAAGCCGUGUCUAAAAGCGUUAGCAAGACCGGCAAGAAAAAGAGGAGGACCAGGAAGGAGAGCUACGCCAUCUACGUGUACAAGGUGCUGAAGCAGGUCCAUCCCGACACCGGCAUCUCGUCCAAGGCCAUGGGCAUCAUGAACUCGUUUGUGAGCGACAUCUUUGAGCGCAUCGCCGGUGAGGCCUCCCGUCUGGCUCACUACAACAAGCGCUCCACCAUCACUUCCAGGGAGAUCCAGACCGCCGUCCGCCUGCUGCUGCCCGGGGAGCUGGCCAAGCACGCUGUGUCUGAGGGCACCAAGGCCGUCACCAAGUACACCAGCUCCAAGUAGACAGUCCUGCUGACUCUAGUAACAAACCAACGGCUCUUUUAAGAGCCACCCACUUAAUCUGAAGAUUAUCCAAAGAUUAGUAAUAUGCAGUUGCUGAACAAUGUUCAAACACCAUACAACUGAUGGACUACAAUAAGCAGCAUUUUCUGUUUAUAUCCAUUUAUAACUAUUCUGUGAAUUGUUACAGAA